AAUAGGAGAAGACCAUUCGCGCACCGGCGGUUGCCAACACGAUUCCACUACAGGUCUCCUCCUCCGGUGCCCUCCGCGCUAAACCUCGGCGCCCCCAACGAGGCCACCCGCUCCAUCGCCGAGCUGAGCAGAGCUCGCAUGAUCCCGCGAGAGCCCCGCUACUGAGGGAGCGAGAGAUGUCCGUCGCCCCGUCGGCGCGCGGCGGCUGCGGUGCCGCCAAGGCCGCGCGGCGCCACCAGGCAGGGCGCGCUGGCGGAGGGAGGCGCCGCGCCGCCGUGGUCCUCCUUCUCCUCGCGCUGGCAUACGCGGCGGGGCUGCUCAUGUUCGUCUUAGGAGGCGGAGGUUCUGUCGACGGCGGCGGCCACGCGGGCGUGACGGUGGCAUCGUUACGGCGGCGGCGCGCGCUCGCCCCGUCCCCACCGCCGCCGGGAUCGGUUUACCGCAGCCACAUCGUGUUUAAGCGGCUAUGGCCGGACAUACGCGACGACGCCGCGUCCGCUUCGACCGCCACCUCCGCUUCCGUCUCCACCUCCUCUCCAUGGCGUCGCAGCAUGUUAAUGACAUCACGUUAUCCAAAUUCUGGAGAGCUAUGGAUGCCAUGCGUCAAGAGGAGGCUGAUUCCAUCAGAUUUGCCGACUUCAAAUGGGUAUCUCAUAGUUGAAGCAAAUGGUGGUCUGAAUCAACAGCGUCUUUCUAUCUGCGAUGCAGUUGCUGUGGCCAGCUUGCUUAAUGCAACUCUUGUGAUCCCAAUAUUUCAUUUGAAUAGCGUUUGGCGUGAUCCUAGCAAAUUUAGUGAUAUUUUUGAUGAAGAUCGUUUUAUCGGGACACUCAGACAACAUGUAAGAGUUGUGAAGGAACUCCCAAAAGAUGUUCUGCUGCGUUUCAAUCAUAAUAUAAGCAGCAUACCAAAUAUGCGAACUAAAGCCUACUCAUCCCCAGAUCAUUAUGUUCAGAAGGUGCUUCCGAAAUUAAUGGAGUUAGGGGUUGUGCGCAUUGCCCCAUUCUCGAAUAGAUUGGCUCAGUCAGUUCCAUCGAAUAUCCAGGCCUUGAGGUGUUUGGUAAACUACGAGGCUCUGCGGUUUGCCGAACCAAUAAGGGUUCUUGCAGACGAAAUGGUUGUUCGAAUGAUGAAAAGGAGUUCUUUGGCUGGUGGGAAAUAUGUCUCGGUGCAUCUCCGUUUCGAAGAGGAUAUGGUAGCCUUUUCAUGCUGUACAUAUGAUGGUGGCCGGAAGGAGAAAAUUGAAAUGGAAAAUGCCCGUGAAAGGAGCUGGAGAGGGAAGUUUCACCGACCUGGUCGAGUUAUCAAUCCCGAGGCAAACAGAAGGGAUGGGAAAUGCCCGCUUACUCCUCUAGAGGUUGGCAUGAUGCUGCGAGGCAUGGGGUUUGACAAUACAACUUUCCUCUACGUUGCCUCCGGUAAAAUAUACAAUGCUGCAAAAUACAUGGCUCCCCUUGGCCAGAUGUUCCCUCUUUUACAGACCAAGGACACUCUUGCAUUGUCUGAAGAGCUUGCUAAGUUUGAGGGGUACUCUUCUCGGUUAGCAGCAUUAGAUUACACCGUCUGUGUUCAGAGCGAAGUGUUUGUGACGACUCAAGGGGGGAACUUCCCUCACUUUUUGAUGGGACACAGGCGUUACCUGUUAGGAGGGAAUGCAAAGACAAUAAAACCCGACAAACGGAAGCUGGUCUUAUCUUUUGACGACCCAAAUAUCAGAUGGAGUCGAUUCAAGCACCACAUGCUGGAAAUACUGCACCAUAGUGACAUAAGGGGCAUCGCAUUCAGGAAACCUAAUGAUUCCAUAUAUACCUUCCCAAUGCCUGAUUGCAUGUGCCAACAAGAUGGAAUAUGAUCUAGGCGUUAGCAUACAUAACUGAGGGAUGCAUAUCCUCUGCCUUUGUGCAACAAAGGCACCAAAGGCACGGCAUCGUUGACUGCAUGGUCAUGAUUUGAUGGUCAUGAUGAAAACUGGAGUGAAAUAAAGCAUUUGGUGCUUCUCCGGAGAUUCUGAAACCCUCUGGCAUGCCUCAAACCGUUCGAUUCUGGAUAUAAUGGUCAAAAGGUGCCUAAUGACAAUGAAUUCCAGAGGAUCCGAAAUUGAGAGGAUGCGAGGGAUUUUGUAAAGUUAGUAAAUCUGUAGGUAGUCCACCAUAUAGCAAUCUCCAUUUGUUCGAUCUGUCUGUAGGUUGUAAAGAGAAAAGAGCUACGAGAUUGGGUUGUAGAUAUGAGCACAACCUGAGUGCCUCGAUGUAUAUUCGAAAAACAAGGGCUAACAACAACAAAGAAAGGAUUUUUUCAGUA